AUGGUACGAGGGCCAAGGCUGAAAGAUUCGGUGGAAGUUGUUUCUCUCAAACCGUGCACCAUCACCAUCGUCCAAGAGGACUACACGGAAGAACAAGCCGUAGCACACAUCAGACGACUCCUCGAUAUCGUGGCCUGCGCGACCUCCUUCGGUGCGUCCUCGUCUUCUCCCAAACCCGCCGGUCGAACCGGUUCAAAAGAACCCAACUCAAAAGAUUCCGGUUCAAACGACGUCGAGCCCGGUCCAGACAAUAAUGGUUCCGCCGAAAUUACUACAACGAAGCCCAAGGGUGCUGCUGAAAAGAAGAUAUCGUGUUCCGGCACCGGUGGGUCCCACCCCCAUGGGGACAAGCCGGCGAAGUCGUCGGAGAUUGCUGAGCCGGCGGAGAAAGGUGACGUCGCGGCUGCGAUGAUGUAUCCGCCGCCUAGUCUCGGGCAGUUCUACGACUUCUUCUCUUUCGCCAACCUCACUCCGCCUAUUCAAUACAUUCGAAGGUCCACUCGUCCGUUCCUGGAGGAUAAAACAGAUGAUGAUUUAUUUCAAAUAGAUGUUCGAGUUUGCAGUGGGAAGCCAACAACAGUUGUUGCUUCUCUGAAAGGGUUCUAUCCAGCAGGAAAACGUAUUCUUUUGAGCCACUCUUUGGUUGGUCUGUUGCAGCAGAUAAGUCGGAUCUUUGAUGCUGCAUACAAAGCUCUCAUGAAAGCUUUCACUGAGCACAACAAAUUUGGGAACCUUCCUUAUGGUUUUCGAGCAAACACAUGGGUUGUGCCUCCAGUUAUCGCUGAUAACCCAUCAAUGUUCCCACCAUUUCCUGUGGAAGAUGAAAACUGGGGGGGAAAUGGGGGCGGACAGGGAAGAGAUGGUAAACAUGAUUAUAGACCAUGGGCAAAGGAGUUCUCAAUUCUGGCUGCAAUGCCUUGUAAAACAGCAGAGGAGAGGCAAAUUAGAGAUAGGAAAGCCUUUCUACUUCACAGUCUAUUUGUCGACGUUUCUGUCUUUAAAGCAGUUGGAGCCAUCAAACAUCUCAUUGACAAUUAUCAGUGGUCUCCAAAUGGUGUCACUGGUUCCAGUUCCCAUGAGGAAAGAGUAGGAGAUCUGCUAAUCCGUCUGACAAAAGAUGUGCCUGACGCAAGCACAAAGCAGGAUGGUAAAAAUGACGGGAGUCUGGUUCUUGGAAUGUCACAGGAAGAGAUUGCUCGGAGAAACUUGUUUAAAGGCAUAACUGCAGAUGAGAGUGCAACUGUUCAUGAUACUUCCACUCUGGGUGUAGUAGUUGUUAGACACUGCGGUUAUAUGGCCGUUGUGAAAGUCGCUGCCGAAGUGAAUUGGGAUGGCAACACAAUCCCUCAGGACAUCAACAUUGAGGACCAGCCUGACGGAGGCGCUAAUGCAUUGAAUGUGAAUAGCUUAAGAAUGCUAUUGCAUAAGUCAUCUACACCUCAAUCAACUGGUGCAGUUCUGAGAUUGCACUAUGCAGAUGUUGAAGACCUAAAUUCUGCUAGCUCUUUGGUAAAGGAGGUGCUAGGGAAAAGCUUGCUGAAGUUGCAGGAAGAAGGCACUAAACACAAACAAUCUAUCAGAUGGGAGCUGGGGGCAUGUUGGGUACAACAUUUACAAAAUCAGGCCUCUGGGAAAUCUGAUCCUAAGCAAACAGAAGAAGCUAAGCUUGAGCCAGCUGUAAAGGGUCUCGGGAAGCAUGGUGGAUUGCUUAAGGAAAUUAAGAGGAAAUCAGAUACCCAAAGCAGCAAAACUGAGCAGGGA